AUGGACUUGGAAGCACACAGCAGGGACAAUAAUGAAAGAGCAACACACAAGGACAACAAGGGUAAUCAAAGAAAAACCGGAACAAUCAUAGGGAUUACUAUUGGUGCAUGUGCUUUAAUUGGUGUUUUUGGGCUAGCUUUUCUUAUGGGAUGGAAGCUGAGGAGGAAAAGAGGAGUGGAGAAUGUAAUUAACCUUGCAAUGGACAGAGAUUUUGAGAGAAGCACUGGACCAAGGAGGUUUUCCUAUGCAGAACUUUCUAGAGCAACUUAUAACUUUGCAAAUGAGCAUAAAAUUGGUAAGGGGGGUUUUGGGGAAGUCUACAGAGGGUUUUUGAGAGACCUUAACAUGCAUGUUGCCAUCAAGAGGAUAUCUCAGGGAUCUCAACAAGGUGUGAGGGAGUAUGCAUCUGAAGUCAAGAUCAUUAGUCAACUGAGGCAUAGGAAUUUGGUUCAACUCGUUGGUUGGUGUCAUGAGCAGAAUGAGCUUCUACUGGUUUAUGAGUUCGAGGAAAAUGGAAGUUUAGAUUCUUAUCUGUUCAAAGGUGGGGGGUUAUUAAAAUGGGAAGUAAGAUACAACAUUGCUAGAGGCUUGGCUUCAGCUUUAUUUUACUUGCAUGAAGAGUGGGAGCAGUGUGUGCUUCAUAGGGACAUCAAACCCAGCAAUGUUAUGUUGGAUUCCAAUUUCAAUGCAAAGCUUGGAGAUUUUGGGUUAGCCAGAUUGAUGGACCACAAAGCAAGUUCGAAAACAACGAAUUUAGCAGGAACAUUUGGUUACUUGUCACCGGAAGCUGCAACGAGAGGGAAGACUAGUAAAGAGUCAGAUGUAUACAGUUAUGGAAUUGUUGCAUUGGAGAUAGCAUGUGGAAGAAGGGUGGUUGAACAAAAUGUGAAUGAAGAGCAGAUAUACUUGGUGGAUUGGGUUUGGGAACUGUAUGGCAAAGGUGAUAUACUUAAAGCAGCAGAUCCAAGAUUAGAGUUGGGAGCAUUUGAAGAAGAGGAAAUGAAGAGGCUAAUGACAGUUGGGCUUUGGUGUACUCACAGUGAUUACCUUAAAAGGCCAUCAAUGAGACAAACGCUUCAAGUGCUCUAUUUUGAAGUUCCAUUGCCAAAUCUCCCAUCACAGGGUACUGAUGCACCUAACUCUGUCAGAUCUUUGCUUCCUGGGAAUAAUAGCCAAACACAGCCUUCAACUUCUUCAAGCAGUAGCUCCUUCACUGUUGGGUCUACACACUCCAACAAUAAGGCUUCUAAACUCGUUUCUCCAGCUUCUCAACCUCUACGUACAUUCUAAGUUAUAUCAGUAUAUCACCUUCAGUUUUUGCUUUUUGAUGUUUUAGUUUCCAAUUUAAAGUAAAAUUCCACACGUGUGCUUGUCUUUCGUACUGAA